AGGACAGUAAGGAUUUACAACAUUGCUAACAGUUUGAGGUCAUUGGUUUGAGAAAUAGGCCUGAGUGGUGAAUUUAGGCAGCAGAUUGUUAAAUGCAAUUAUUAGAAGGAACAAUCUGGACCUCUUUGACCUAAAGGUAGGGACUGGAUUUGGGUUAUCUCUGGAAAGUUAACACCCUUUGAACCUGUGAUCUCAUCAGAUGUUAGCCACUCCUCCCCAUUGCCACUCCCUCUUAUUCACACCUCUCUGUUGUAGAACAUUUAAACUAGCUCCUACCUCAGAGUGGACAAUCCUGAACUCCCACCUUUCAAGGUGACCUGGGACUGCAGUUCUCCCCUGAACAAAAACUCUUCUUAUUGCUACUUUGGUAGUCCUCUUUAUUUGGGAUUGCCAUAUCUGGAGGUAGAGGUGGGCUUUGAAGUCUCCUACCUAGCCAGCUGCCAUUUUCAACCUUGGGCAACAGGUACCAACACAGAAGUCCUUUCUGUCCAGUCAGGAUUCCAUUCUACUGCCUAACUUGGGGAAGUCAAUCUCUCAGUUUCUCCAAACUAACAUCUCUUUUUCAGUUAAACUCUUGGCCCUUUGAUUGAGGGUUUUCAUAGCCUUUGGCAAUUUGUAUCCCUUCCCACAGUAGAUAGUACAUCAAGAUGAAUUCCUUGACCAAGGUGAAGCUCAUCAAUGAGCUAAAUGAACGGGAAGUGGAGCUUGGAGUUGCGGAGAAAGUAUCCUGGCAUGCUGAGUACAAAGAUAGUGCCUGGGUCUUUGUUGGAGGGCUCCCAUAUGAAUUGACUGAAGGGGACAUCAUCUGUGUGUUUUCACAAUAUGGGGAAAUUGUUAACAUCAACCUUGUACGAGAUAAGAAGACUGGAAAAUCCAAAGGCUUCUGUUUUCUUUGCUAUGAGGAUCAGAGAAGCACUAUUUUGGCUGUGGACAAUUUUAAUGGGAUAAAGAUAAGAGGAAGAACUAUCCGAGUGGACCAUGUGGCUAAUUAUAGGCCCCCUCAGGAUUCCAGGCAUGUGGGUGAUGUGGUCAGAAGCAUUCAAGAAAAGGGCUGUGGGGUUAAAACUCCAUCCCCUGCUUUUCCUGAAUCCUCUGAAGACGAGAGGCCUUUGAGGAAGCAUAAAAAGGCCAAAAAAAGAGAAAAAAAUGAAGGAAAAUUAUGAGAAUGAUGAAUAUGAAAGGAAUAGCAUAACAGGGAAACCAGGUCAGCCAAAUUCCAUAAGGAAAAACCUGGGGGGAAAAAAAAAACAAGAAUUAAAGUCUGGGCACAAUGAUCAUUCUAAACAUCAGCGAAAAAGAGACCUAUCCAAAAGCUACAAAUCAGUAGAUAGCCCAAAACACUGAUCCAGGAACCCUUCCAGAAGAUAGUCUGACAGCUCUCAGCAGAAUAACAGCCCAUUAGGGGAACCAUAUUACCAGAAAUGUGAUGUUAGUCUUCCAGGGUCUCAUACUUCUAGUAACUGUGACUCCUACCAGAAGAGUUCAGGUGGGUCCUCAAGAAGACAGUUAAUUAGUCAACCUUAUAGAGAGCCAUCAAACUAUCAGUCCAGGACCUGUUCACCUAGAUCAGACAGUAGAAGGCAGAGAUCAGUGAGUCCACACAACAGGAGGCAUUCAUCCAGCUAUAAGAGGAGAAAUGGUUCAUACAGUGGGAGAUUGCCCAGUCCCUAUAGCCAAAGACAUCAUGAGCACUCUCUAAGUUGGAGCUCUCUUCCCAGGAAAUUGGUGAAGUCUAGAAGUCCUGUAUAUUCUAGACAUUCAUCUUCUCAGAACAAAAAGAAGCAAUCAUAUACACCAAGUCAGUGUUCUAGUAUCUCAUUGACCAGCAUCCCAUUAAACUCCAGUCUGGGAGCUGAACUCGGAAGAAGAAGAGGGAAGCUUCAGUAGCUGCUACAAACAAGUGGAUGGAAAGGAGUUGAAAAGGUCAACUGCAAUUUUGCCUAAAAAGGAAACCAUCUCAGGGGAGCCCAAAGAGU